AUGGCACCGCCGCCCAGGCCUGUUGCAGUAAAGCGAGAGCAUGUAGAAGAUACCGUCUACAACGGCGAUGUUCCUGGUGACAACUUCGAUACUGACUUCGAGGGCUAUGAUGGGAACACGACUAUCAGUGAGGUGCAGGUUGAAGACAGUCAAGUCGUACCCUAUCAGAAUGAAGGGCAGGAGGAUGAGGAUGAGGAUGAAGGUGAAGAGUCAGGAAGCGAAGAAGAAGGAGAAGAAGAAGGCGCGGUGGAGGGACAUGAUCAGAAUCCGGCCGUCCCGCAAAAUAUGCAAGGUGUGAUGGCUUUGUUCAGCCAGCACAUGCACGCUGCUCAGAAAGGCGGCUUGAAUACCGGGCAUAUCAAUCCGUUUGCCCCCCAGAAUGUCUUCGAGGCCCACAACAACUCAUAUCCCACCACUACAUCCGGCCGUUUGGACGAUGAGGAGACUGUCAAUGGUGCCGAUCAAGUCGUGCAAAUUUCCUCGGAUACGAAUGCAGAAGAAGAGGAAACUUCUCCGUCACCUCCGACACAACAGCAGCCGCAAAUGUGGCGGCCGGUGGCAGUUCAACAAGCCUUUCCUACGAACGCCCACUUCAGACAGCCGCAGCAACCGCCGAGCUCACUAAGGCAACCACCCGUGUUCCAACAAGCCGCAGCUUUACGGCAGCAGACCCGCCCACAGCCGACCAUACCUGUCCGUGGAGUUCCGGCUCAAGCUGCGCUCACCAGGCCACGAACUGCGCAAGCAGCAGCUCAGGAUGCCACUCAACCACCUGCCAGCCAGCCGCCUACGUAUAGCCAGGUCCAGCGCGAGAGCCAACAACAUGUGCACUUUACUCCACCGCCUGCGGAGCGGCUGACUCCUGCACCAUCCACCGGCGAGCAGGCAGCCCUUCAGGAUGUAAACGGCCACGCUGCACAGCCUCAGCAGACCGAGGCCCAGCCAAUGGCUACCCAGCAGGAGCAGGAAGGACCUCCAUUCGACUACGACACUCCAGUGCUGUAUAACAUGGCGUACGCAGACCUCCAGGCCGAAUCAUUUGACUACAACCCCCGAGCCCCUGACCCCGUCCUCCCGCCCGAGAAAGUCGCUGCUCCACUCCCAGAGCGCCUUGCGCACGCCCAUAGCCAGCUGACGCCACCGCAACAGCAGCAGUUCUUUGCAUCCCUGAACAUCGAUGAAUGGGAAGAUGCAGGCGAUUGGUUCCUCGAGCAGUUUGGUGGCCUCAUCAAGAAGAUGAAGGAGUUGAGGCGUGAGAAGAGGAAGCUAGCUGGCAGGUUGGAAGAUGAGGUUGCCGAACGGGAUGAUCAGAUUACGAGGAAGAAACAGCGGUUGAAUGGGGAGAUGGAGGGUAUGAAAAGCCAGGGGCAGGGCUUGUUGAGGACACCGAACAAGAAGCGGUGA